AUGAGAGAUAUCGAAGGUUCUAUACCGGAGGACAGUUUCCGCAAUACAUACAAAGGAAACAUGCCACAUGGGACCAACGAAUCAUUUUCCGUGGCGAUUCCCCUCAAAUCAAGUUUCGACAGGGGACAGUCCGGCGGCCACGAUGUAGUAUUCGAGGAUUUUGACGUGACGACUCUCACAAAGCCAGCAGCGUACGCAUACAUAUAUAGCUCCCUACGAAGGAUCUACCGUGCUAAGGUUUGUGAUCCCUGGGACUUGUACAUACGUAGUGCAUACUAA